AUGGAGAAAUACUCCCAAAACAGACUAGUGGACACCAGUCGCACACAAAUCACGCUUGCCCUGAACCCUCUGCCCGCCCAAGCGAAAAACCGAACACUUCGAUCUCGACUGUUCCGCACCUCGACAAACCACCCGCCAAACCUCGCCGCCACCGGGACCUUCACAAUGAAGUUCAUGAAAGUUGGCCGUGUGGCCAUCAUUACCCGUGGCCGCUUCGCCGGUAAGAAGGUCGUCAUUGUCCAGCCCAACGACACUGGCUCCAAGGCGCACCCCUUCCCCUACGCCAUCGUCGCCGGUAUCGAGCGCUACCCCCUCAAGGUCACCCGCCGCAUGGGUAAGAAGCUCGUCGACCGCCGCAGCCGCAUCAAGCCCUUCAUCAAGGUCGUCAACUACAACCACCUGAUGCCCACCCGCUACACCCUGGAGCUCGAGGGCCUCAAGGGUGUUGUCUCCAACGACACCUUCAAGGAGGUUUCCCAGCGCGAGGACGCCAAGAAGACCGUCAAGAAGGCUCUGGAGGACCGCUACACCUCCGGCAAGAACCGCUGGUUCUUCACUGCUCUGCGUUUCUAAACGGUUUUACUCGGGCGUUUUGUCGUUUUGAGCGCGCAGGGGCCUAGGGGAUGGCGAGGGGAAAAAAGCAUCGAGCACAUUCGGUCCCUGCAACGGAUUGGAAGACAUAUACCAUAGCUGGAAACAGAAUCGGGAAUGUAUCGAUGAACUCCAGUUUGCACGGCGGCGCCGCAAAGAACUGGCGUCCGUCUAAAUGAAAUGGAAAACAUGAACAAUUACUUUUUUUUCAUCUGCU